AUGAACUACGUGGCCCAAGCCAAGGCGGAACAUGCGCGUCGGUGGGCAGCUGCUUUUGACUCACCCGUAUGGCAGCCAAUAGCGCAGCAGUGGACAACACAACCAGAGAACGCAGGAUGGACUCCAGUGAGUGGUCCACAUCAGAGUGGACCUUCACUGGUGCUCAAGGACAACGAGUACCCCCCCAUCACGACUGUUGACCGUGACUCUCUGGUGGUCUGGAAACGCAAACGUGGCCGGUAUGAAGAAAAGCUCAAGGAUAACGCCCAGAGAAUGCAACAUGAUUUGUGCUCUACAGCUGUCCCCUGGCUUGAAUCAGGUGAUCGCAGCAUGGUUGAAGCUGCUUGCCUGUGCCUGUGGGACAUCAACAUCGAUGACCUGGAUGAAAGCGAGUUUCGCGAGCGCAUAUGA